UCAUGAUAAGAAUAAGGAAAAAUACCAGAUUUGCUGCUGCAUGUUUGUUCUUGUCCUCUCUGCUUCAUCUUUCCAGAAAUGAAUAACCAACUUAAUCUGCUGUUCUCAUUCAUUUGUCUCCUUCUGUAUAGCUUCUUCAAUCCAUCUUCUUCACUCCCUUUAUGCACAGACUUGAGAGCACCUGCUAUUCCACAGAAGCCUUUGGCCUUUUGUCCAUAUAAUGGAAGAGUCUGUUGUGACUCUUCAAAAGAUCUGCAAUUGCAGAAGCUUUUUGAGGGUAUGAAUAUAACUGAUGAUACAGCAUGUAGUUCUGCUGUGAAGUCAAUACUCUGCUCAACAUGUGAUCAGUUCUCAGCAGAGUUGUUUAAGGUGAAAUCAAGGCCAAGACCAGUCCCUGUUCUUUGCAAUUCAACUGCUACAUCAGAGAAUAGCUUUUGUUCAUCUGUUUGGGAUUCUUGCCAAAACAUACCAAUAACAAAUUCUCCUUUUGCACCAUCCUUGAAAACCAAAGCAGGAGAGAGCCAAAACUCAAACUCCUCCUUGUUAACAGACUUCUGGCAAUCGAAAAACGAUUUUUGUGAAGCAUUUGGUGGAAAUUCUGAUAAAGAUUCAUUAUGUUUCAGUGGAGAACAGGUUUUACUCGAGAAAAAUGAAACUUUACAGCCUCCCAAUGGUAUGUGUUUAGAGAAGAUUGCUGAUGGAGCUUACCUCAAUAUGGUUCCUCAUCCUGAUGGAUCGAACCGCGCAUUUUUCUCCAAUCAGCCUGGAAAAAUUUGGUUAGCAACAAUACCAGAACAAGACUCAGAAGAAGCAAUGGAACUUGAUGAAUCAAGUCCAUUUGCUGAUUUAACAGAUGAUGUUUAUUUAGAUGCAAGAUUUGGGAUGAUGGGAAUGGCUUUUCAUCCAAACUUUGACAAGAAUGGAAGGUUCUUUGCAUCAUUUAACUGUGACAAAGCUAAGUCUCCUAGAUGUGCUGGAAGAUGUGCUUGUAAUUCAGAUGUUGGUUGUGACCCUUCAAAGAUAAACUCAGAUGAUAAUAAGCAGCCAUGUCAAUAUCAUACUGUUGUUGCAGAGUUCAGUGUUAAUGGGAUUGCACCAAAUCCAUCCAAGGCGGAGAAGGCGAAACCAUCAGAAGUGAGAAGAAUAUUUACAAUGGGGCUCCCAUUUACAGCUAAUCAUGGAGGACAAAUACUCAUUGGCCCUGAAGAUGGAUAUCUCUACAUUAUGAUGGGAGAUGGUGGUAGCAAGGGUGAUUCUUUCAAUUUUGCUCAAAAUAAGAAGUCCUUGCUAGGAAAAAUUAUGAGGGUUGAUAUCGAUAACAUACCAAGUCAAGAAGAAAUAUCAGACCUUGGACAUUGGGGUAACUAUUCAGUUCCUCGAGAUAAUCCUUAUUCACAAGACAAGGAUUUGCAGCCUGAAAUUUGGGCUCUAGGAUUGAGAGAUCCUUGGCGCUGUAGCUUCGAUUCAGAAAGGCCUUCUUACUUCAUCUGCGCGGAUGUUGGCCAGGAUCAAUAUGAAGAAGUUGACAUCAUCACGAGAGGGGGAAACUAUGGAUGGAGCAUGUACGAAGGUCCUUUCCGCUUUAAAAAUGCUUCAGCUGAUGAUUCUAUGGAUCCCAUCUUCCCAGUAUUAGGAUACAACCAUUCUGAUAUAAAUAAAGAGGUUGGAUCUGCAGCUAUCUCAGGUGGCUAUGUUUAUCGCUCCAAGACUGAUCCCUGCAUAUAUGGAAGUUACCUAUAUGGAGAUUUGUAUGCUAAGAAUUUCUGGGCAGCUCAAGAAAAUCCAUACAAUAGUGGGAACUUUACAACAAGAGGCAUACCAUUUAGUUGUGCUCAUGAUUCCCCUCUCAACUGCAGCUCAGUACCCAAUAGUCCAUUGCCUGCUUUAGGUUACAUAUUCUCAUUUGGACAGGAUAACAGAAAGGAUACCUAUAUUUUAACAAGCACCGGCGUAUACAGAGUGGUUCGUCCAAGCCGCUGCAACUACACUUGCUCGAAGGAGAUAGUGAGGGCUGCUGAGAGCCCAGGUCCCUCUGCACCUUCAGAUGGUCACAUUGCUAAACCAGAUUUCUGCUUGGUCCUUGUUCUUUACUGCCUGCUGCAUUUGACUAGCUUUAUCUUGUAGAAAUUUCACUGUGACUAUGACAUCAGUUAUAAUACACAAGCUACAGUUUGUGGCGGAGCAACUGUAUAUCUUGUUGCAGAAGAGAACUCAAUUGUAAGAUUAAAACCAUGACCAACCCUAAAAGCAUUA